ACCUAGAGGACAUGGUCUCGGUCCAGUUGUGUGAUUUACGGUUUUCACACCUGCUCAAUCGAUCCAUACUUUUAGACAGUCUAUCUUUAUGUACCAGCACUGUGAACAAUCCUGACUGUGAAAAUCAGUCCAGUUCCCCUUUAAUUGGCUCUACUCCUUUUUUUCCUACAAGAACUGUGACUCCUCCUAUCUCUCUCUCUCUUUCUGUACUUCUUUAUCUGUCUCCACCUCUCUCUCUCUAAAGCAACACAGAAGCAGGAAGUGUCUCAGUUCAGAAGAAACGAAAUUGAUCUCAGAGUGCUGCUCUCUCUCUCUCUCUCUCUCUCUCUCCCCCCCCCCUUUCUUUCUUUCUCUCUCUCUCUCUCUCUCUCUCUCUCUCUCUCUCUGUAAAGUACAGGAAAAUGGCUGAGGCUGGUAUUUUAUCAGAUCAGGACGAGUUCUGCUGUUCAGUCUGUCUGGAUGUUCUGAAGAAUCCAGUGACCGUUCCCUGUGGACACACUUUCUGUAUGGUGUGUAUCAACAACUGCUGGGAUCAGGAGGAUCAGAGGGGGAUCUACAGCUGCCCUCAGUGCAGAAAGACCUUUAAUCCAAGACCUGUUUUACACAAGAAUUACUUCAUAGAUAAAAUGUUGGAGAAACUGAAGAAGACGGAUCUUCCAGCUGCUUCUCCUGCUGGAUCUGGAAAGGUGGAGUGUGAUGUCUGCACUGGGAGAAAACUCAGAGCUGUGAAAUCCUGUCUGACGUGUCUGGCCUCCUUUUGUAAAACUCAUCUUAAGCCUCACUAUGAAGCUCCUGCUUUAAACAAACACAAGCUGGUCAAAGCUUCCAAACAGCUCCAAGAGAAGAUCUGCUCCCAACACGACAAACUGAUGGAGAUCUACUGCAGAACCGAUAACAGCUGCAUUUGCUAUGUGUGUCUGAUGCAUGAACACAAAGGUCACGAUACAGUACAGGCUGAAACAGAGAGAACUGAGAAACAGAAUAUGCUAAGAGUGAUGCAAAGGAAACUUCAGCAGAGAAUCCAGGAGAAGGAGAUGAGGCAGCAGGAGAUGAAGCAAGCAAUGGCCAUUUUUAAGAUCUCUGCUCAGGCAGCGGUGGAAGACAGUGAGAAGAUCUUUACUGAGAUGAUCCGCUCCAUUGAGAAAAAGCGCUCUGAGGUAAUGGAGCUGAUCAGAGAUCAGGAGGAGACUGGACUGAGUGAAGCUGAAGAACUCCUGGAGAAACUGGAGCAGCAGAUUUCUGAUCUGAAGAGGAAGAACACUGAGCUGAACCAGCUUUCCCAAACUGAAGAUCACAUCUCUUUCCUCCAGAGUUUCCAGUCUGCCUGUGUUUCUUCUGAACCUGAGGAUUCGUCCAGCAUCUCCAUCCAUCACCAGCUCACUUUUGAUGGAGUGAGGAAAUCUCUCACUGAUCUGAAAGAUCGACUUGAGCAAUUCUACAACUGGGAAUUCGGCAAAAUUGCUCCACAGGCUGCUGCAGUUCGGAUAGUUUCACCUCCAGAGCCAAAAACCAGAAACGAUUUCCUGCAGUAUUUCUGUCAUUUCAAUCUGGAUCCCAACACAGUGAACCAUAAACUGGUUCUGUCUGAGAGCGACAGAUUGGUGACGUGGAGAGGAGGAAACCUGCAGUAUCCUGAUCAUCGUGAGAGAUUUGACUCGGUGUAUCAGGUGAUGAGUAAGGAGAGUGUGUGUGGACGAGCUUACUGGGAGGUGGAAUGGAUUAAUGGAUGGGGUGUGUUCAUAUCAGCCUCGUAUAAAGGGAUCAGCAGGAAGGGGGAUGUUGAUUCUGUAUUUGGACGUAAUGAUCAGUCCUGGAGUCUGCACUGCUCCUCUGCUGUUACUUUUUGCCACAACAACGUUCAGGUUGAAAUUCCAGUCCAACCAUUUUCCUCCAGAGUAUGAGUGUACGUGGACCACGGUGCAGGAACUCUGUCCUUCUACAACAUCUCAAACACUAUGACCCCCUUAUACACCAUCCACACCACCUUCACUCAGCCCCUCUACGCCGGCUUCUGGAUCGGUUCUGGAUCGUCAGCUAAACUGUUUAACCCAGUCAUGACAUACAGAUAAAGAUUUACAAUUGUUUAUAGCCCAAUCGCAUGAUUGUACCAGUGCUGAGAGGGUAAUCAGUCAAUCAAUCAGUCAAUAUUCAUUUAUUCAGCACCUUCUAAAAACAACAAAUCGUAGAUAUUUAAUGAUAAGUAAAAUGGAAAUAGCCAAGAUGCUGUUCUAAGUUCUGAAAUAAUGAAAGAACUCACGUCAUCUGCGGCCUCUCCUGAGAGGGGGUGCUUUUCCUGGCGGGGGUGCAGAAUUUGGUAGUGCUUAAAUCUGGUCCCCCGCCAUGAAAAGCACCCCCUCUCGGCAGCGUGUACGCACCGUGUUCUUGAUAAAAGCGGAGAUAAGUGCUUUAACUAACUUUAAUUAUAAAUGUGCUCCUGACAGGGGGUGCUUUUUGUGGCAGGAAGCAUAGAUGUAGGAGUUCUUGGCUGUUGUCGAUAUUCGUAAUAUAUUACACAUAUUACACCAAAAAAGAGAGCACUUAACAAUGUUGAGUUUCUUUGAUUUUACCAAAUUAAAAACCUCUGGAAUAUAAUCAAGAGGAAGAUGGAUGAUCACAAACCAUCAAACCACCAAACUGAACUGCUUGAAUUUUUACACCAGGAGUAAAGCAGCGUAAAGUUAUCCAAAAGCAGUGUGUAAGACUGGUGGAGGAGAACAUGAUGCCAAGAUGCAUGAAAAAAAAAAAACUGUGAUUAAAACCAGGGUUAUUCCACCAAAUAUUGAUUUCUGAACUUUGAGGUCUGAAAGCUCUGCAUCUUUUUUUGUUAUUUCAGUCAUUUCUCAUUUUCUGUAAAUAAAUGCUCUAAAUGAGAAUAUUUUUAUUUGGAAUUUGGGAGAAAUGUUGUCUGUAGUUUAUAGAAUAAAAUAACAAUGUAACUGAAGUGCGACCUUCAUUUUUUUUUCCAAAGAUGUAUCAUCAUUCAUACUUUUUUGUUUUUUACAGACAAACUUUUUGACAAAUGUGAACCUGCAAUCAGAAUCUCUCCAUAUAUAUAUAUGGAGUUUACAGUUAUAUAUAUAUUACUGUUUACAGUGCCAAUAAAAAUGGGAUUCCCCCUUGCAUACUC